CGCGGGUUAAUCGGUUUGUGGUGUGGUUUGUCAGUCUGGAGCUGCGAGGGGAGGAGCCAGCAGAAGCGCAACUGAGAGACCGUGUAUCCAGCCACACUGAGAGUAAAAGUUGAAUCCGAAACCAACAGUUUACACUUUCCGGCGCUUCCUGAAGACGAGUAGGAUCUGUGAACCAGCUUAUGUAUAGAAUCCUGACUCUUCACUUAAAGGACGGAUCCAUCAUACUGCGCUAUACAACCAAAACAAACAUCAAAACUGGCGGCAGUUGCUUCCCUGAAGAGGACAGUAACUAACCUGUACAGGUAUUUGCGGCUGAUGUUAAGGAUGCAUUUGUCCCAACAUCAGAUCUGGAGGUAACCUGACAUUGUCUGUGCUGUCGCUCCCUGUGCAGUGGAGAUGGUCCACUGGACCACACAGUGGGGGACAUGUGUCUGGCUUCAGACUUUGCUGGCCUUUGCCUUGGCCAACUGUCCCUUGUUGGCCCCCAGCACAGUCAACUACUCAGUGGUUUACACCAUGCCCUUCUUCCAGGCCCGGGGCCCCAUCCAAAACAUUGUCAACAACUCGCUCUUCCAGGAGGUGUAUGUAGCCUCUCAGAAUGUGAUCGAAGCUGUCAACAGAAGCUUGGAGAAGGUAUGGGAGCUUCACACUGGGCCGGUGGGAAGCCCAGAGUGUCAGAUAUGCAAUUUGUGUGACAUUGACAAGGACCCCAACUUCCUUGAGGACACAAACAAUCAGGUCUUGCUGUUGGAUACUCUCUUUAUGUAUUUAUAUUCUUGUGGAAGUUCUCAGUAUGGCGCGUGCUAUUUCCACCAACUCAACUCAAACAGAGAGCCUUCUCUUUCUAAGUGUUUGUUUAGAAAGGACUCAAACUCUGCUGCCUACUGUCCUGACUGUGUGGCCAGUCCUCUCGGUACCAAAGUGACCAUGGUGGAGGAGGGUCAGGCUGUCUACUUCUUUGUUGCCACCACUGUCAAUGACAGUGUGACCCAGCGUUACGGUAGGAAGUCAAUAUCAGUUCGUCGACCACUGGCAACAGAAGAUGGUUUCUACAGUGAUGUACGUGGCCUGACUGUCCUUCCUGGCCUACGGAGGACGUACCAUAUUGAAUAUGUCUACAGCUUUUUCACUCAGGAGUUUGUCUACUUCCUCUCAGUCCAGAGAGAGAGCCCAGAUCAGGACUCCUCUCCGUUUCAGACUCGCCUGGGCCGUCUCCCACGGAAUGAAUGGGAGAUGAAGAGAUAUCGUGAGGUGAUCUUGGAGUGUCGAUUUGAACCAAAACGCCGCAGGAGGAAUGUAGCUAGUGAACCCUAUAAGGAUGUGGUGUACAAUGUGGUCCAGGCAGCCCACUUUGGCAAGGCAGGCAGGGAGCUGGCAGAAGAGUUAGGGGCGGAGGAGGAGGAUGACAUCCUGUAUGGGGUGUUUGCUGUUACUGAUGAUAACGGGGUCACAGAGCAUGACUCGGCCCUGUGCGCCUUCCCUAUGGACAAUGUGAACAAAGCAAUUGCAGAUGGGGUGGACGACUGCUGUGAGUCUGGACCAGAGCAGCUCUCCAGAGGGCUCUGCCACUUCCAGCCCUGUGAGAGCUGUCCACAUGAGAGCAUGGAGAACAACGCCACAUGCAGAGACCAUCCUACCAUGGUUUCAAAGCCCUACUACAGAGUGGACCUCUUCAACAGGCAGAUGACAAACGUUCUGCUCACCUCUCUGCUUGUCACAACCAUAGAGAACAAGACUGUAGCCCAUAUUGGCACCUCUACAGGGCGCCUGCUACAGCUUGUGUUGACAAGAUCGAGCCCUAUAAUCUUUGCCAAUUACUCUUUGGUAGAGAAUCAGAGGGUCUCAUCCAUUGCUGCUGUGUACUCAUCAGAGUAUCUGCUCUUCGUGGUUGGAGACAAGAUGAUUCAGGUGCCCCAGAGAGGGCCAGGUUGUCAACACUUCCUGACUUGCGCCUCGUGUCUGACGGCCCCUAAGUUCAUGGGCUGUGGCUGGUGCUCUGGAGUGUGCUCCUGGGAGAGUGAGUGUCACAGCCACUGGAGGAAUGAGUCCUGCCCACCUGGGAUCACUGGGUUCUCUCCACGGACUGCUCCCCCUGAUGGUCAAACAGAGCUAACUGUGUGUGGAUGGGAGUUCCAGUCACCCAUAAGACCUGUUAUUACCUCCAGAACACACCAGGUCCGACUGGGACAAACUGCCUGCACUGUGCUUCCAGUCAAAAGUAACAGCACACAUCUGGUGUGUAAGAUUCGCUCUGGGGCCACUGACCUGUCCAAACCAGUGAACAUUACAGUGGAAGUGCAUGAGGGCAAGGUGGAGGGACGCUACUCUAUUGAUGGCAAGGCAGAAAUGCCAGGGUUUACAUUUGUGAUUCCCAACAUCACAGAAAUCCAACCCAACUAUGGGCCUCGUGUUGGGGGCACACUCAUUACAGUGACUGGACCUCACUUGGAUGCUGGAAAGACCAGGAGAGUCACUCUCAAUGACGUGCCCUGUCCUAUAAAGAGUGUCACAAAGCCUAAAGGCAAUGUGUCCUCCAUCAUCUGUCUGUCCCAGCCCAUCUCAGAGGUGAGGGAUGUCCCUCUCAGUGUUUUCAUCGACAAGUCUCCUGUCCUCACCACAAAGGUGUUUUACUACAAAGAAAACCCAAAGAUUACAGACGUCCUGCCUGACUGUAGCUUUGACAGGGGGUCGAAAGUUGUGAUUAAAGGGGAGAACCUGGAUUCAGUUUACCGCACCAUCAUCCGCUUUAAACCCAAUGAGAGUCACCUGAAGCCUGUCACAAGGGAGUGCAUAGGCAAGUCCUUGUCCACGAGGAUGGAGUGUGUCACUCCUGUGUUUCCCAGGGAUGAGACAGAGGAAGGAGAGCUUUCUUUUGACAUGGAUGGAGCAUUGCAACUUUGGAACAAAGAGUUCUCCUACCACCCCUACGGCGAGCCUAUACCUUUUGAAACAGAGGGACACGUGCUAAAUUUGUACCCUGGGUUUGAUGAAGUGUCACUACAUCAUCAGAAGCUGAACUUGGUGAGCUCCUGUAUGACCAUCAUUAUGACCGUGGCAGGUGUUGAUUGUGAUGCUAAAGUCCUGGACAAUGAGAUCACCUGCAGGAUCCCCAAAAACAUGACCUUCCCCAGUGAGGGGCUGGCGGUGAAGAUCUCCAUCAACGGGCAGGUCCACAAUGUUGGCACAGUGGUGAGGGUCAGCAACCACUACAUGGUGGGGAUUGUUCUGGGGAUCCUGGCGGCUCUGGUAGCCGGGGCGGUGCUGGCCUUCGUUGUCAUGAAACACUUGAGGAAGAAAAAAAAAGCCUCCAUGGCAGAGACCCGUUUGGCUCACAGUGCUAACCGUGCUGGUACAAAUAAUGUGGAGCUGUCACCUGUUGGAGACUACAGAAGAGUAGUAUCCCUGAGUCCUCCCACCCCCCUGGUGGGGCCGGUGGUGUUCCCUAGCAUGGCCUACGCUGCAGGCAGCAUAGAUCCUACCCUCACUCCCCUCAUGCCUCCAGAGAAGAUCUCAAUCUCCAAUUUUAGGCCAGAGCUGCUGGAAGAGGUGAAGGAUGUUCUAAUUCCUGCUGAGAUGCUUAUCGUGCAGCACCAUCGGAUCAUAGGCAAAGGUCAUUUUGGAACAGUCUAUCAUGGCUACUUCACAGACCACAAUAACAGAGAAAUCCACUGUGCUGUCAAGUCUUUGAAUAGGAUAACAGAUGUCGAAGAGGUGGAGCAGUUCCUUAAGGAAGGUAUCAUAAUGAAGGGUUUCCAUCACAGCAAUGUACUGUCUCUACUGGGCAUCCUGCUGCCACAGGAAGGUCUCCCUCUAGUGGUGCUGCCGUACAUGAAACAUGGGGACCUGCGGCACUUCAUACGCUGUGAGAAGAGGAACCCCACUGUAAAGGAUCUGAUUGGCUUCGGACUGCAGGUAGCCAAGGGGAUGGAGUAUUUGGCUCAGAAGAAGUUUGUACACAGAGAUCUUGCAGCACGCAACUGCAUGCUGGAUGAGUCAUACACAGUGAAGGUGGCAGACUUUGGCAUGGCCAGAGAUGUUUUUGAUAAGGAGUAUUACAGUGUUCAGGACCACAGGAAGGCUAAACUGCCUGUCAAAUGGAUGGCCAUCGAGAGUCUGCAGACACAGAAAUUCACCUCCAAGUCAGAUGUGUGGUCCUUUGGUGUGCUGAUGUGGGAGAUGCUGACCAGAGGAGCGAGCCCCUAUCCAGAGGUGGACCCUUAUGACAUAACACAUUACUUACUGAAGGGCAGGAGGCUUCCCCAGCCUCAGUACUGCCCUGACCCUUUGUAUAGCAUUAUGCUCCAGUGCUGGGACCCUGAUCCUGAGUUGAGGCCCAACUUUGCUACAUUGGUGUCAGCUGUCUCGACCAUCCUGUCAGGCCUGGAGGGAGAGCACUACAUCAGUCUGAAUGUCACCUACGUCAAUCUGGACCAGCCACGGCCUUACCCCGCCCUCACAGAGUCUGCUGAUGAAUAUGACUCCACAGAUGUUGAAGACUCGGGCUCAGUAUCUUCCUGAUCCAACUCCCUCAACUUAAACUGGUAUCGGUGCUAACAGCAAGAGCACAAUAACCCUCUGCCAGGUCACGACAGUGUGUUUUACUACAAAGCAUCUGAAACAGGGAUAUUGCCUGUUGUAUGUGUGUGUGGGAGUGAUUGUUGUAAAAUGCACAAAGCUGAAACCCUCAGGCAGCCAUAUUGGAAGUCCAUCACUGUGGCAACAAUAGCUGAAACAGCUAUUUGACCUUCCAAACUAGGCCGUCUCAGAAGUAUUUAAUAGACAUUUAGUUUCUGUGUGUUUUUCACUGGUAACAGAUAAUGUCACUGAUAUGAUACAUCUUAUUAGUUUGUAUGAGCUUGUUAGUUGGCAAAACAUAGCAAGUCUUGUUAAUACUUUUUCAUAUUGUGUAGAGGCUAACUAGCAUCACGCUGUUUCUGUAAAACAACCCACAGGUUAGCUAGCUAGCCAGCAAAGCUAAAAACCAACUGUUUGUUCAGAUUAAUUAAAAUGAGGCUUUUCAAACACCUACUAACUAUAGUGCACUGGGCUAGUGCAUGGGACACAAAGGGGCAGGCUGCGGUUAAAUAAGGGACAAAAUUUUACUCAUCGUUGAACUGACUUAUUCCAACACUAAAGUCUAGUUUACAGACUAGUCUUUUUCAGAUGUCUGCUUUUUUGUGGCACAGCUGUCAGUUUUUUAUACCUCUGUAUUUAACUGUGUUAGCAACAGUAUUGCUGAGAGAGGAGAUUGUGGCUCACACAAAGCAUAGCUCCAAUCAAAUCAAAUAAACUUCAGUGGCAUGUUUGCUUUCUUUUACCACUAACAAUGUAAGCCCUGUUUCGACCAAAAGUUUCAGGUUUGGAACCAGAGGAACUAAUCUCAGGAACUAAACUUGGAACUAAAAGUCCCUGUUAUUCAAUCCUGUUUGCAUUUCCACCACAUCUGAGGAACCAGGUAGAUCAUGCAAAUUAGACCCAUGACGAAUUAAAAAAUGAGGAUGGCACUUGAAAUGCAGUAUUCAUACAUGAGGAAAAAGCAACACAGAUUUGUCUUGUUCUUUGUAUUUACUGUUGCAUAGUGUACUGUAGUGGAUCCCAUGUGUAUAUUAAAUGUUUAGGUAUGACAUUCCCACAUUUGCUUUUAAUUCUUUUGCUGUCUAGUGAUUGUUCUGUAUAUUUUGGAUCAUACUUCUGUAAGGCAAAAUGUUGACCACAAUGUUCUGAAGAAAAUCUGAUAUCACCCUGUUGCUUGUAUUUCU